UCUGCCAAGGCGGAAUGUUGUUGCUGUGCUGCUCAUAAUGUGAUGAUGGUCUUAUAAAAAUAAAUACUAUAUACUAGACUGAUGACAAUAAUUUACGAUUGUUGUUCAUAAGCCAUAUAAUAAUUUUUUAUCUUAGUGCACCGGCGACAUCUAUCCACUUGGGUAAGAGACAGCCAGACUAGUUGUAUUGAUAGUGUCGUACAUAUUGUUAGAGAUAAAUGCGUGAAUUGUUUUAUUUUUAUUUUUUGUUGAUUUUUCUUUAGUUUUUCUUUAAAAACAAAAAAGUAACAGCUUCAAUACAAGAACUUUUCUACACGUACACAUUUCCAUUUCAGUUUUUUUGGUUCAUUUAAUACAUAUUAAAAAUUUUCUUAAUUUAUUUACAUAAAAAUUUAUAAAAAAAUAUCUUGUUAAUUUAUACGUAAAAAUAGAACCAAACCAAAAUAUGUUAAAUUUUAAAAUAGAGUUUAAAAUUUAUAUUUUUUGCACUGUGUUGUUAUUUCUACAGCUGCAAAUGGUUCAUCCUGUUACAACGACGGAUGAAAUUUCAAAUCACAUUAAAAAUUGCUGUAAUGGUGGUAAAGCUUUAGCCAAAAAACAAAAUAAUUGUGAAAAUUAUGAGUAUGAUAUUUUAAGUAUUUCACCGCUUUGGCGAGGACUUUGUCAUUCCACCUAUGCUGUCUGCUGUUCACACGAAACGGAAAAAAUGUAUUGUGUGGCUGGCCGGUUAGCUGCAUUAACGGGUUCACGAUGUAACGAACAGUAUAAUACCACAUCUUAUUCUAAUUGCUGUCGAGCAUGUCAGGUCGGCCUGGCCGUAAAAGCUUCUGGAAAUUCAUGCAAUGAUACACUUUUUAAUUACUUUGUUGACAUCGAGUCGUUUAGAGUUUGCUGUGGCGAUACAACAGUAAAUAAUCGUAGCGAUAUAAAAUCUGUCGAUGAGUUUAAUAGAAAUGGUACGAAAGCUUCAGAUGAGAAUAUCGGCGAAGGCAAUAACCAGGAAAAUGACGAGGGCACUAUUAUUUUACAAGAUGAUGAUGAUGACAUUUGCGGAAAAUUGCCCUUAUGCGAACAAAUUUGCGAAAAUACUAAAGAGUCUUACGUCUGCAAGUGUCAUCCAGGCUUUAAAUUAAAUGAUAAUAUGGUUACUUGUACACCUAUAUCAGAAAUGAUAAUAACAAACAGUACAAACAAUGGAACAAAUAAUAAUGAACUGGGACUUAUUAAUGAAAAAACGGUCUCCAUCGAAGACGAUAUUGAUACUAAAGAUGAUAUAGAAGAUGAGCAAGAUCAAAUUCUUAAGGAAACAACGUGUCCGAAUGGAUUUAAAAUUGAUCCUUUGCGACCAACUCAGUGUGUAGAUAUUAAUGAAUGUUUACUAAAAUUGCAUGAUUGCAAAAUUCAUCAAACUUGUAUCAACAUUAAUGGUGGCUUCCGUUGUAUUAAUUUGAAUUCAAAAAUUUGCGAAUUUGGAUUUGCAUUCAACAAAGAAACAAAAAAAUGUGAAGAAGUUACAAGCUAUAUUAAACGGGGAUUUAAAAAUUCACUAUUCUCCUUUUCUCCUAUUAAAAAUGAGUCGACAAAACAUGAUUAUAGUGCGAAAAAAUGUGAAGAUGGUUUUCAGUGGAAAAAUGAUAAUUGUGUGGACAUAGAUGAAUGCGAAAAUGAUAAUGCCUGUGAUAGUAAUCAAAAUUGUGUUAAUGAUAUUGGAGGUUAUCAUUGUGAUUGCAAAAUUGGUUUCAAUUUGGAUACAAUAACGAAAGCGUGCUUCGAUAUAAAUGAAUGUUCUAUAAAUAAUCAUAACUGUUUGCCAACGCAACGAUGUGAUAAUACUAUAGGCAGUUACGUAUGCACACGCUUACAAAGUUGUGGUACUGGUUAUACUUUAAAUGCGGACAGUAGCACUUGCGAUGAUAACGAUGAAUGUGCACUAAAUACUCAUAAUUGCAAAGAAGGAUGGGAAUGUUUUAACACAAAAGGUUCAUUUCGUUGUUAUCCCAAGCCAACUACGACUACAACAACAACCACUACAACAACAACACAAAAACCAACAACUCCUUCUACUUAUAGUACGUACUACUCUCCUCCUCCCUAUUACAAAUACAGAAAUAGCUCAUCGUACUAUACUGGAUUUAAUGUACCUUCUUAUGUUUCGCAUCAGACCUCUAGUCGUCAAUCUUAUGAAAGCAACUCGCCACCAUCACCAUACAACCAUCGAGGAUAUCUACCGUGUGAGACGGGGUUGCAGAGAAAUCAUUUAGGAGUCUGUGUCGAUAUUAAUGAAUGUUUGCUACCUAAUAAUCCAUGUGGAUCACAUCAACGUUGCAUUAACACAAAUGGAUCUUACCGCUGUCAAAAUCGAUUAAAAUGCCAGGCCGGCUAUAAGUCGAAUCCAAAAGGCACUGAAUGCGUAGACAUCGAUGAAUGCGAAACUGGAGAACAUAACUGUAUUGAUAAUCAAAUUUGCCGAAAUCGUAAUGGAGGUUUUGUAUGCUCUUGUCCCCCAGGGCAUCAUUUGAGUCAUUUGCAAAAUGGCGAAUCUAGAUGCGUCGAUGUAAAUGAAUGUGAUCAAAAAGGUCCGUCAUUGUGCCCGGCUAACGCUCAAUGCAUCAAUACAAUUGGCUCCUAUUUCUGCGAAUGUAAAUCAGGGUUUCAAAAAAGUAAAGAAAAUGAACGUAUAUGUUUGGAUGUGGAUGAGUGCAAUGAAAUUCCUGGUCUGUGCCAUCAAAAAUGUGUAAAUUUUUUCGGAGGUUACCGCUGCACCUGUAAUAAUGGUUAUGAACUAGGGCCCGACAACAGAACUUGCAUUGAUGUCGAUGAGUGCGAGGUGCAACAGACUCAUAAGCUUUGCAUGGGCUUUUGCGACAACGUUCCAGGUUCAUAUGAGUGCUCUUGUCCACGUGGUUAUACUUUAGCCAGUGAUCGUAACACUUGUUUAGAUAUUGAUGAAUGUGCUACAGGAGAGUUUUGUACCGGUCGUAACGACGUGUGUACAAACAAACGAGGUGGAUAUAAGUGCACAACAAUUCACUGUCCAUUUGGUUAUAUUAAUGAUCCUGAACAAAAGACGUAAGUAUCGCAGCUACACAGCUU